AUGGCUUCUAUAAAAUUUGACGAUGGAAAUACAAAUUCAGGAUCUCAAGUGGGGAUCAAUAAUGGGGUGAUCAACGUUCAAACAGAACAACCGGAGCCCCGUCCAAGCCCUUUAUCGACCGUGCCGUUCCCACCUGACCCCGACUUUGUCAGUCGCGAUCAAAUUAUUGACCAAAUUUACGAGAGAGCUUUGAUUCCAGGGUGCAAGAUAGUACUCUUCGGUCUCGGCGGCGUCGGAAAAACCCAACUUGCUAUCGAGUACGCCCACCAGGUGCGACGACAGUCACCGGAGAUGUGGGUCUUCUGGGUCCAUGCGAGCAACGCUGCCCGUUGCGAGAAAAGCCUCCGUGACCUUGCAGAUCGAGUCAAAAUACCCGGACGCCAGGAUCGCAACGUUGAUAUAUUCCAACUUGUCGGGAAUUGGUUGCAAGACGAAACGAUUGGAAAAUGGAUACUGAUCCUUGAUAAUGUUGAUGAUGAUGGGCUCAUUCGCAACCCUUCAUCGACCGGUCAGGGAAGUCAGAAUCGGGAGACAAUUAGCUUGAGCAAUGAUAUCACCACAACUCAGCCACCACUUAGGCCUCUUCUUCAAAGCUCAAAUGGCUUUAUCAUUAUCACAAGUCGCAGCAGAAUGGUAGGAUUGGAAAUCGCCGGCCAUAGAAAUCUCAUAGAAGUGCGACCAAUGGAGAAAAUCGAAGCAAUAGAUUUGCUGCAGAGGAAGCUCAACAUACCUACGGAGCGCGAAUCUAUGGAGCAGCUGGUUGAGGCACUCGAAUUAAUGCCACUCGCUAUCAUACAAGCCGCCGGCUAUAUUACACAUCAGUCCCGUUGCUCAGUAUUGCAAUACCUGGAGAAAAUCCAGAAAAGUGACCGUGCUGCGAUGCGGCUGCUUGAUUAUGAAGCAGGACUUUUGUCCCGAGACUGGGAUGCCAAGAAUUCCAUUCUACUCACAUGGCAAAUAUCCUUUAACUAUAUCCAAAAUGUAAGGCCUUCAGCGGCGGGCCUUCUAUCUCUUAUGAGCUUUUUCGACCGACAGGGAAUUCAGGAGAGUGUCCUCCGAGUUCAGCAAACGCAGAAACUUACUGAGAGUUCAGACUUAGAAAUAGCUACAGAUAUUUCUAGUGGAGGGCAAGAGGAUGAGGACUGUCCCAGUGGAGGGGAUGAGAAUAGUUCCUCUGAAUCUGACCUAGAACAGAGUUUUGAAGACGACAUCGCAAUAUUAAGCGACUAUUCGCUGAUUUCAAUUGGAGAAUCCAACACAGUGCUCACUAUGCAUCGACUCGUUCAAUUAACGGUGCGCACAUGGCUGAAAACCCAUGGCCAGCUCGAGCAGUGGAAAGAAAAGUUCAUUAAUAAUCUAUAUCACGAAUUCCCAACCGGUGAUCAUGAAAAUUGGGAGCAAUGCCGGUCGCUUUUGCCUCAUGUUAUUUUGGCGGUUUCGCAGCAGCCAGAAUCCAAAGACUGUCUUAGGCAAUGGGCUUCACUACUUUUCAAAGGUGCAUGGUAUACGCGAGAAAUCGGAAGCUUCGCGGAUUCAAGGGAAAUGGCGUUAAGGUCGAGAAAACAAAGAGUGAAAAUUCUUGGUGAAGAAAAUGAGGAGACCAUUGCAAGCACUAUCCAGUUAGGAAGGGCUUAUUUUCUUGCUGGCCAGUGGAAGAAGGCCGAGGAGCUCCAAGUACAGGUAGCGAAAAUGAGAAAGAUGGAGCUUAGGGCGGAAGAUCGUCACACGCUAUCAAAUAUGAGUCACUUAGCUUUGAUAUAUGCGGAGCAAGGCCGGUUAGAGGAGGCUGAGGAGCUCCAGGUGCACGUUAUGGAGAUAAGCAAGAUGAAGCUCGGCGCGGACCAUCCUGAUACACUAACGAGCAUGAACAACCUAGCUUUGAUAUAUGAGAAGCAAGGCCGGUUGGAGGAGGCCGAGGAGCUCCAGGUGCAAGUUAUGAAGAUAGGCACGACGAAGCUCGGCGCGGACCACCCUAACACGCUGACGAGCAUGAACAACCUAGCUUUGACAUAUGAGAAGCAAGGCCGGUUGGAGGAGGCCGAGGAGCUCCUGGUGCACGUUAUGGAGAUGGGCAAGACGAAGCUCGGCGCGGACCAUCCUGAUACACUGACGAGCAUGGCUAAUUUAGCCAUCAUCUGGGAAGAUACCGAUCGCCAUGCUGAAGCAGUCGAUCUGCUUAGGAACUGCGUGGCGAAGGAGCUACAAGUUCUAGGGCCCGCUCAUCCUCACACCGUAUCUAAUAUCAAAACGCUGUCGAAGUGGGAAGCCGGGAGUCGUCAUUAA